GUUUAUUUAAUCAUUAUCUUCCUUCUCAUUAUGCAGUUUUCUAGCACUAGUCUAACAGCAAGAAAAUACAUGGGGGAUUAUUAUUGGAUAGCUGUGGUGAGAUCAACCCUUGACAGAAAGUGUAGGAGAACCAGCACUGCACAAAAUCUUGACGUUGCAACAGGGGAACCUGGUGUUGUGCGAAAUCUUGAUGUUCCAGUUGGAGAACCUGGUGCUGUGCCAAAUCUUGAGGUUCCAGCUGGCGAACCAGGUGUUGCACAGGAUCUCCUGGUAAUGCCUGGUGUCACAGUACCCUAAGGAAACAAUGACAUUAAUCUAACAGAAGAAACCUUCUGUCAAGGAUUUCAGGCCAACAUUCCCAUAAGAAAUGGCCUCUAUUCUUUAUGCUGUGUGCAACAAUACCUAUGUUCUAAUCAGUACCACUGUCUAUCCUGUAUUAUGUAUCAGAAAUAAGUUGAUGAAGUGUGUGCCUAGUAUGCGUAAAUGUAUGCAAAAGAAAUUGUGUGUACCCAUGUGACGUUUUCUUUGUUGGUAAUUUAAUAAGACCCUCAUAUCGUU